AUGAUGGCUUCCGUAGAAGAAAAGAUUAAAAAUGGAGGAGUUGGAGCUGGAGGGGGAAUGGUUGUUGGGGGUCAAACUCUGGUGGCUGAGAUGAAACUGUUGAAAGAAAUGCAGGAACAUUCCGGGGUCAGAAAGACUUUGAAUUCAGAGUUAUGGCAUGCUUGUGCAGGCCCUCUUGUCUCAUUACCUCAGGUUGGGAGCCUUGUGUUUUACUUCCCUCAGGGACAUAGUGAGCAGGUGGCGGCUUCUACUAGAAGAACAGCAACCUCGCAGAUUCCAAACUACCCCAAUCUUCCAUCUCAGUUGCUGUGUCAAGUCCAAAACGUCACACUUCAUGCAGACAAGGAGACAGAUGAAAUCUAUGCUCAAAUGAGUCUCCAGCCACUGAAUUCUGAAAAAGAAGUCUUUCCCAUAUCUGAUUUUGGGCUAAAGCACAGUAAACAUCCCAGCGAGUUCUUCUGCAAAACUUUGACUGCCAGUGACACGAGCACACACGGCGGUUUUUCGGUUCCACGCAGGGCAGCAGAGAAGCUCUUUCCUCCAUUGGAUUACACAAUUCAACCCCCAACUCAAGAACUUGUUGUUCGAGAUUUGCAUGAUAAUACCUGGACAUUUAGACAUAUUUACAGAGGUCAACCAAAGAGACACCUUCUCACAACAGGGUGGAGUUUGUUUGUAGGCUCAAAAAGACUCAGAGCUGGUGAUUCUGUUCUUUUCAUCAGGGAUGAGAAAUCGCAAUUGCGAGUUGGUGUGAGGCGUGUUAAUCGUCAACAAACAACACUUCCAUCAUCAGUACUUUCUGCUGAUAGCAUGCACAUUGGUGUGCUUGCUGCUGCAGCUCAUGCCGCCGCCAAUCGAAGUCCAUUCACUAUUUUCUACAAUCCAAGGGCUUGCCCUUCAGAAUUUGUUAUUCCACUGCCUAAAUACAGAAAAGCUGUAUUAGGAACUCAGGUCUCAGUUGGCAUGAGGUUUGGCAUGAUGUUUGAGACAGAAGAAUCGGGUAAGAGAAGAUAUAUGGGUACAAUAGUUGGUAUUAGUGAUGUGGAUCCUCUGAGGUGGCCUGGUUCUAAAUGGCGAAAUAUUCAGGUGGAGUGGGAUGAGCCAGGGUGUGGUGAUAAACAGAAUAGAGUUAGUGUUUGGGAGAUUGAGACUCCUGAAAGCCUUUUUAUUUUUCCUUCAUUGACUUCAAGUCUAAAACGGCCAUUACAAUCUGGUUUCUAUGAAAACGAGUGGGGAACUUUGUUAAGAAGACCUUUUAUGAGAGUUCCAGAAAAUGGAACUAUGGAGCUCUCAAACUCAAUGCCAAAUCUCUACUCAGAGCACAUGAUGAAAAUGCUUUUCAAACCCCAGAUUAUUAACAACAACGGAGCAAUGUUAUCCGCCAUGCAACAAGAAUCUGCUCCUGCAAGAGGUCCCUUUCAAGAGAUGAAGACCACACUUGCACCAGAGAACAUGCCGCUUAGAAAUCUACACACUCAAUGUAUGCCCGACCAAACUAAUCGCUUAAACAUGCAAUCAUUGUUGAAAAGUGAUCAACCUGACAAGUUGCAUACUCUUGCCAAAAUUGAUAAUCAUCUGCCUUCUGGGAUAGUAACUGACAAGCCAAAAUUAGAACCUGAGGUAUUACCUGAUCAUAUGAUUGACUACCCUUCCAUGGAAGGUUGCAACAUUGAAAAGGUGGCAGCAAAUCCUGUUAACCAGCAAGGCCUAGCAAACGAAUUGACAUUCCAUGCUCAAAAUCAGACUCCUCUACUCACUCACUCUAGUCCAUGGCCUAUGCAACCUCAGCUAGAAUCAUCCAUACCCCAACAGCAAAUGAUUGACAUGUCUCAAACUGAAACUGCGAUGGUAAAUAGCCUGCUUCCUCAGCUAGACAUUGAUGAAUGGAUGGCAUAUGCUUCUUCCCAACCCUUUGCUGUGCCAAACAGACCAACUGGACCUUUAUCUGACUUGCAAGAACAUACCUCACUUCAACCUCAAGUAGUGAAUCCCCCUUUGCCUUCAAUGAACCAUGAAGUGUGGGAUCAUUAUGUCAAGAGUUUGAAAUUUUUGUCUCAAACAGACCAGCUAACUUCCAUAUGUCAGCCAGGGACUUUUGGCCUCAAUGGCAUGUCAAGUUCAAGCAGUUUGAGGGAUCUUUCAGCUGAGAGCAACAACCAAAGUGAGAUUUGUGUCAAUGUUGAUGUUAGCAACAACAGUGUAGGUACCACCAUGGUUGAUCCUUCUACUUCAAGCACCAUUUUGGAUGAGUUUUGCACAAUGAAGGAGAGAGAGUUUCAGAAUCCAAACGAUUGCUUGGUGGGCAACUUGAGUUCGAGCCAAGACGUGCAGUCUCAGAUAACCUCAGCAAGUCUAGCUGAGUCACACGCCUUUUCUCUCAGAGACAUCCCUGACAACUCAGGUGGCACUUCUUCAAGCCAUGUUGAUUUUGAUGAGAGCAGCUUUCUACAGCAUAACUCAUGGCAGAAAGUACCUGCUCCGAUCCGAAGCUACACAAAGGUGCAAAAGGCCGGUUCUGUAGGAAGAUCAAUUGAUGUCAAUACUUUCAAGAACUAUGAGGAGUUGAUCCGUGCAAUUGAAUGUAUGUUUGGACUUGAUGGUCUGCUAAAUGACACUAAAGGAGGAUGGAAAUUGGUGUAUGUAGAUUAUGAGAGUGAUGUUCUACUUGUUGGGGAUGAUCCUUGGGAGGAGUUUGUGGGCUGUGUCCGCUGCAUCCGAAUUUUGUCACCUUCAGAAGUUCAGCAGAUGAGUGAAGAGGGAAUGAAGCUUCUUAACAGUGGAGCUUUGCAAGGGAUGAAUGUUUGA